UCUUUGUCUUUGAAAAGCUGGUCAUUACAGAAUACUUUAUUACAAUUUUCCGAGGUACCAGUUGAAGCAAAUAAGAAUGAUGACGCUGAACAAGAUGUAAAAGUAGUAAUAUUUCAAGAGGAAGACGAUGAUCAUGAUUUUGAUGAUAUAGCUGAAAGUAAAUAUACAACUGCCGAUAUAAUGGCUGCCAUGAUAGUCGCUCCACCUCCAAUAAUUGCUGCAAUUAUUUCUGGGUCCUACAAAUUAUUGAAAAGCAGAGUUAAUAAAAUAAAUAAGCAUUUAGUCGUUGAUAAAUGGGACUUACGUUAA